AUGUAUGCACUGCAUCAACCUCUUCUUCCUUCCUCCUCUGUCCAUUUCUCCCUCUUCCUACCCAAUUUCACCCCUUCCACCAUCUACCCCCUUCCCUCCCCUCAUACUCCUUAUGAAACCCCUCCUAUCAAAGUACUCGGAAAUGUUGUCGUUGCUGGUGGUCAGGAUCUACGAGUGUUUGAGAUCCGAGAACAACAGGUACCCAUCCCUGAGUCUCCUCGAGAGGAUGGUGUAGAUCAAACAAAAGUGGAAAAGAUGGACGAGGAUAUGGCAGAUGAUAUCGGUGAUAAUUUCUUUGAUACUGGUUUCAGAGAUAGAGCUCCUGUCAAUUACGAAACAACCAGAAGGUUGCAUCUCUUAUGCCAACAUACGUUACAUGGUUGGAUCACCGGUCUGGCCCCUCUAAGAACUAUUGAAAGUAGUGUGGAUGGAUUGGACAGAUUAUUAGUAUCUUUCAAAGAUGCAAAGAUGGCCUUGCUCGAAUGGUCCAGAGGAGAUAUCGCAACAGUCUCACUUCAUACUUACGAAAGAUGUCAACAAAUGGUUACUGGGGAUUUACAAUUCUAUACACCUUUGUUACGAAGUGAUCCUCUCUCUCGACUAGCCGUUUUGACUCUCCCUGAAGAUUCACUCGCCAUCUUACCUGUUUUACAAGAACAAUCAGAUUUAGAUCCCUUGGAAAAUUUCACAAAGGAUGCUCCAUAUUCCCCUUCUUUCGUUCUAUCCUUGGCAGAUGUCGCUCCCACAAUCAAAAAUUUACAAGAUUUACUCUUCUUACCUGGGUUUCAUUCGCCCACCUUAGCUGUCCUCUACUCGCCUUAUCAUACUUGGGCAGGUCGAUAUCAUUCUCAACGCGAUACAUUCUGUCUUGAAGUUCGAACUUUCGAUAUAACAGCCGGUGGUUCUUAUCCACUUCUCACUUCCGUUUCAGGUUUACCAUCAGAUAGUUUAUAUAUCGUCGCUUGUCCUGCAGAAUUAGGAGGUGUCGUUUUAGUCACUACAACAGGUUUAUUACAUAUAGAUCAAUCAGGUCGAACUGUCGCUACUUCUGUGAACGCUUGGUGGAGUCAUAUCACCACAUUACCUUGUGAUAAAAGUAGUGAAAGUAGAAAGAUCAGUUUAGAAGGGAGUAAAAGUGUUUUUGUCACUGAAAGAGAUAUGUUGUUGGUUCUUCAAAAUGGUGAUGUACAUCAAGUCAGGUUCGAGAUGAAUGGGAGAGCUAUAGGAGCUAUCAAAGUGGAUGAACAGAGUAGUAAUGUCCCUGCUCCGUCAAGUAUGGUAACAACUGGUAAUCAGGCGAUAUUUGUGGGUUGUGCGGAAGGAGAUUCUUUAUUGGCCAAUGUGGAUAUAAAAAGAGCAGUAGCCAUCGAAGAUCGGAAACCUGCCAUUGAAGCCGAAGCGGAGGUGGAUUGGGAUGAAGAUUUGUAUGGUGAUAUAGACGUACCUCUCACAAAUGGUGCUACGAAUGGCGCAAAGUAUCAAGCUAUCACUGGUCCGGCCAAUAUAGUUCUUUCACCUGCUGACGUUUUGACCGGAGUUGGGAAAAUUGUCGAUAUGGAAUUUGGAAUAGCUUCGACUGAUGAAGGAACAAGAACAUAUCCACAAUUAGUCACUAUAGGAGGAGGUAGUAAACGUUCGACCUUUAACGCCUUCAGACGCGGAAUACCCAUCUCCAAAAGAAGACGAUUCAACGAACUCUUCAAUACUGAAUCAGUUUGGUUCUUACCCAUCCAACGUCCUUCAGGUCAACAUCUCAAAUCUAUCCCGGAAGAUAGACGAACCACUAUGCUCUUUAGUUCAGAAGCUACUCAAACUCGUAUAUUCUCAUUAUCCGCCAAACCUAAUCCAGAGCAGAUCGGUAGAAUAUCAGGAAAAAGUUUGACAGUAGGACCUUUUUUUCAACGUUCGAAUGUUUUGGUCGUCACUCAAACAGAAGUUUUAUUGCUUGAUAGUGAUGGUAAAACUCAACAAAGUAUUGGGAAUGAAGGUGAAGAGAUCGUAUCUGCUAGUAUUUCAGAUCCAUAUGUUGUCAUAAGGAGGGUGAAUGGGAGUGGGUCAAUGUUUGUUGGAGAUACUGUUGCUAGACAAUUAUCUGAGGUUAAGAUUCCCUCUGAUAGCCUACAACCUCCCUAUCAAGCCAUCGAAGUGUUCAGUGAUACCACAGGAAUCUAUCGCAUGUUCGAAGCAUCCGAUUUAGACAACUUGAAAGAUCAUACCGCACGAUCUAUCGCCAUUCGUCAAGGUCAUCAAAACCGUAUGCAACUCACACAAGAUCAAAUCAAGAGGUUACAAGAGGAAAAACCCGCUAUAUCGGCUGAUGCUCCGAGUACCGAGAUGGCCAUGAAUGCCGCGAGGGGGACACAGUGGUUGGCUUUGCUUUCUGCCGCAGGGAGAUUUGAGAUAAGAUCGUUACCUGACCUCACUCUUGUUUUACAGUCAGAUGGUCUAGGUACGGCCGCAGCUACAUUUACGGAUGAAACCGCCGAUGCGGAUCUGUCCUAUGAAGAGAAUAUAGACAAAGUCAAGCAGCUCUUAUUUUGUCCUAUCGGUCGAGGUUCUCCACGUCCUCAUAUGUUGGCAUAUCACCAAUCCGGCCGAUUAAACAUAUACGAAGCUCAACCUCGAUUUACCCGUGACGCUUCCCAAACUCCCUCCAGACGAUCAUUAGCGGUCCGAUUUCGUAAAGUCCACACCUCCCUUAUCUCACCAUCUUCCUCGACCUCCAUAUCAAGCACCAUCAUUCCAUACGACAACCUCGAAGGACAAAGCGGUGCCUUCAUCACGGGCGAAAAACCUUACUGGAUCAUGAGUUCUGAGAAACACCCUUUGAGGUUGUAUGGAUUGAAACAAGGUGCUAUGGCUUUUGGACCGACAACACAUCUUGGAAGUAUGGGAGAAUAUUUCAUGAAGAUUGAUGAUGGUUGUUUUAUAUGUUAUUUCCCACAAAGUCUCAAUACCGAUUUAACGAUGCCUUGUGAUAGAUAUGAGAUGCAGAGGACAUAUACCAAUGUGGUUUUUGAUCCUCCUUCUGGACAUUAUCUCGGUGCGACGGCUAUUUCAGUACCUUUUCAAGCGUAUGAUGAAGAGGGAGAGAUACAACUUGGACCGGAAGGCGAAAACCUGGUUCCUCCUCUGAACGAACGUUCAUCUCUCGAACUUUUCUCUAGAGGUUCUGACCCUUGGCGGGUUAUAGACGGGUACGACUUUGAUCAAAAUGAAAAUGUGCUCUCUAUGCAGAGUGUAUUGCUCGAGUCUUCCAGUGUUCCGGGAGGAUACAGAGAUUUCGUCGCUGUAGGGACUGGAUUCGACUUUGGUGAAGAUAGAGCUACUAGGGGUAACGUAUACAUAUUCGAAGUAGUCGAAGUAGUCCCCGAACCUGGUCAGAAAAGCGCUUGGGCACUCAAACUUCGAUGUAAAGAUCCAUGUAGAAACCCAGUCAGUGCGUUGGGGAAUAUCAAUGGUUAUCUACUCCAUUCCAAUGGACCCAAGAUGUAUGUCAAAGGUCUUGAUUUUGAUGAACGUCUAAUGGGUUUGGCUUUUGUGGAUGUAAUGAUAUAUUUGACAAGUAUCAAAGUGUUUAAAAAUUUCAUCUUGAUCAGUGAUAUGGUAAAAAGUAUUUGGUUCUUGUCUUUUCAGGAAGACCCUUACAAAUUCACCGUAAUCAGUAAAGAUCUCAUGCCGAUUUCAGUGACCUCUGCGGACUUUUUGGUACAUGAUGGACAUGUUACAUUCCUCACUUACGAUCGUUCGGGUGAUAUAAGGAUGGUAGAUUUUGAUCCUGCUAAUCCAGAAUCGAUCAAUGGUGAACGGUUGAUUGUUCGGACAGAAUAUCAUGGUGGUUCACCGGUGACUGUAUCCACUAUGAUUGCCCGGAGAAGAGGAGUAGAGGAAGAAUUCGCUCCGCAAACGCAAAUCAUAUGUGCUCACGCAGACGGUUCAAUCUCAACAUUCGUAUCAACCAAACCUGCUCGUUUCAGAAGACUUCAUUUCGUUUCCGAUCAACUCAUUCGUAAUGCUCAACAUGUAGCAGGACUCAAUCCUCGAGCAUUCCGAACGGUCCGUAAUGACCUAGUUGCCAAACCUCUUUCGAGAGGUAUAUUGGAUGGAGAAUUAUUAGGAAGAUUCGCUAUACAACCUAUUGAUAGACAAAGGGAAAUGUUAAAACAGAUAGGUACGGAUGGUGGGACUGUCGCUUCUGAUUUACAAGCUUUAGGAGGGUUUUGGUGA